AUGGCUCCCCCUCCUGCCCCCCUGGAGACCAUCAACUGGUCUACCCUCACCCUCAAUGUGCCCACUGAGGCAACCCAAUCCCAACCCAUCCCCUCUCACGUGGAAACGACCUUCACCCUCAGAACCUCAGAAUGGAGCCGCCCAGUGGUGCACAAAUCCCCUUACCUCACGCUGCACGGUCUCUCCCCCGCCCUAAACUAUGGCAUGCAAGCCUUCGAAGGCCUCAAAGCCACCCGCCACACCGACAACACCAUCUCGAUUUUCCGCCCGGCCUUCCAUCACGCACGCCUCGCUCAUUCCGCUGCGACGAUCGCACUGCCAUGUCCGCCUCUGCACACCUUCCUCUCCGCCUUGGAGCUUUUGGUCAGAGAGAACGUGCGCCUUCUCGGGCCACCUGAGAGCUCGGCAAUUCUGUACAUCAGGCCGGUUCUGAUACCUACAUCUCCUCAUCUGUCUCUCACGCCCGUGCCGCACACAGUCACGCUGGCAAUCUUCGCGCACCCUGCGACGACGUAUCUUGGCGUCCGGCCUGUGCCGGCGUGUAUAUCGACGACGUAUGACCGCGCGGCCCCGCUAGGAGCGGGACAUGCGAAGAUUGGGGGAAACUACGCAGCUGGGAUCGUGCCGGCCCAGGAAGCGAUGAAGCGCGGAUUCCCCAUGCAGUUGUUCGUGGACGCGGGGACGAGGAGCGAAAUUGAGGAGUUCGGGAGUUCGGGGUUUGUCGGGGUUAAGAGUGAUGGCACGUUGGUGGUGCCGGAAAGUAGGCAGGUCAUCGCUAGCGUGACGAGUGAUACGUUGCAGGUGAUUGCGAAAGAGGUAUUGGGGUGGAAGGUGGAGAAGAGACGAGUGGGUGUUGACGAAUUGGCAAGUUUUGAGGAAGUCAUUGCUGUCGGAACUGCCGGUAAGCGCAAUUGCCUACCCGUCAUUAGAUGGUCUGAUGCUGACUUUGAAUAG